UUUUAAGAAUUGUAAAAAAAAAAAAGAAAAGAAAAGAAAAAGAAAAGUGCAGCACUUUUCCGUAUGCAAAAGGCUACGGCGUCACAGAACUUUUGCUUGACGAAGAUAUACCUUCGGGGCCUGCAGAAUUCUUUAUUCCUUAACCUUUCCUUGUUUUUUGAUAGGUAUAAUCCUUUACCCUGUUGUGUUGAAGACCGCAAGCACAGAAUAUUACUUCCACAACGGCACAAAGUAAUACCUUUACGGAUGGCUCAAAAACUUAUAAGAGGAUGGUUUGGGAUGGCCGUUCAUCGGGUAUCUGAAUCUUAGUUCUUAUAAACUAAAGCUACGUCUGGUCGUCGAGUCUGCCUCGAGCCAUCUACAUUAUCCCCCGCCCCUCUUAUCGUAUAAUUCCCUUUUUUUGUUUAGUUCUUUUGUAAUGGCCGAUCUCAUUGGUGGCGAUAUGGACGAGAUCGCAAGGUAUGUUUCGGAUGUCCCGCCGGCUCAUUACACAGUCAAGAUAGAGUCCUUUUCACUGUUUGCCAAGAACUCUGUGGAUAGGUUUGAAUCCGGGGAGUUUGAGGCAGGAGGCUACAAAUGGAAAUUGGUACUCCACCCACUUGGUAACAAAAGCAAGAAUGUGAAUGACCACAUCUCUCUCUAUUUGGAAAUUGCUGGGACUGACUCCCUCCAAUCAAAUUGGGAAGUGUUUGUCGUUUAUCGACUCUUUUUGCUUGAUCAGAACAACGAUAACUACCACACAGUUGAAGAUGGCAAGUGGAAGCCGAGGCGGUUUCGAGGAAUGAAGAAAGAAUGGGGUUUUGAUAAAUACAUCAGCCUAAAAGAAUUCAAUGAUUCCUCAAAUGGGUAUGCGGUGGACGACUUGUGCGUGUUUGGAGCUGAGGUCUUUGUUUGCAAAGAAAAUUUCAAGGGAGGGAGAGGGGAAUGUUUGUCAAUGAUAAAGAAUCCCAUCAUUUACAAGCAUAUUUGGAAAAUUGAUAACUUCUCCAAGUUAGGUGCCGAGAGCCACGAGUCCGCAAUAUUCAAUGCGGGGGAAAAAAAAUGGAAAAUUCGAGUGUAUCCAAAGGGGAGAGGCAGUGGCGAAGGCAGCCAUCUCUCGCUAUUUGUGGCGCUGGCAGAUCCCACAACGCUACAUCCUGCUACCAAAAUUUACGCUGAGGUAACGUUGCGCGUGCAAGAUCAGGUGCACUCAAAGCAUAAUUCUGGAAAAGUUUCGUAUUGGUUUAACGCGUCGAACCCAGAAGUCGGAGGACUUAGAUUCAUUCCCUUGAGCAAUUUCCGGCAACCGAACAUGGGUUUUCUGGUUAAGGACGUUUGUGUUGUGGAGGCAGAGGUCAGCGUCAUUGGAGUGGCAAAUGCAUUCUCUUGAAUUCUCAUCAUCGAAUGCUGCAAACCAUACAUAACAUAGUCCCAUCCCUUGUAUUUUACGUUUAAGCGAAAGCAAAAUAGUGAUUGUGAUCUUGAUCAUAAGUAGAUGACUAAUGAUGGAACCAAGAGCUUCUAAUCAAGCAGACUGGAUACAUACAAUCUGAUGUAAACAUUGAAUUCAGAAACUACUUAAUUGGAAGAAUGUCAACGUCUCAACAAGUCUUGAACAA